CGUCAGAUACGAUUUCUUUUUGCGCACGCGCUUUAUCUAUAAAAAAAUCAUCGGCCAUAUUGGUGUGUUGUAUUGUUCGCUCAGUAAUUCUCAAGUUUAAUAAGGUAGGCAGUAUGACCGACUCCAUGAAAUUCGGACCAGAGUGGUUACGCAAUCUAGCUGGAGACAGUUGCAAUUCGGGAGGUAGCGGUGGAGGGACUGCAAACCUGAUUACACCUCGGUAUCAAUUAGCGGAGCAUAGAUAUGGUCGUGAAGAAAUGUUAGCUUUAUUCGAUCGUAAUUGCAAACCGCCAGAAUCUAUCAUGAAUUUGCAGGCUCUUUAUGUUGAAAAAACUCAGCUCCCACUGGCUUUUAUACCUGAAACAGAAGAUGAAACGCGGGCGCGAAGUAAUAUAGGACGUGGAAGAGGAGCAAGUGUUGAUCGUGGUGGACGUAUUAAAAGUGGAAGGGGAGUUAUGUUCUCAUCUCACUAUUCACGUGGUAGUAGUGGUGGUGGAAGUAGUAGUGGUUGUAGUUUCGAUGAUUCUGGAGAUGGAAAUCGUCUUGAUGCACAAUCCUAUCCAGGAAGAAGUCGAACAACUUUUGAUAGAUCACAAAAUGAUCGUGUAGGAUGGUCAGAUCGCAAUGGGAGUUCAGAUACAAGCGAUUGGAAUGGCUCUACUAGUCCGAGAAAAGAACUAUGUAGAGGAGGUACCACCCUUAGUAGUAAUUUUCUAAUGGAAGGUAAUUGGAGGCGUCAUCGAGGUGAUGAUGAAGAAGGUUGGAGAACUACAAGUACUCGGAGUGAAAAGUGGAUUAGAAGCAAUUGGCGCGAUGGGGGUGGCUCUGAGAGAGCCGACGGUGAUGGGGAGGAUAGUCGGGUAUCUGGACGCUGGGAAUCUAGAGGAAGAUCUUCCUCUCACGAUUCGUCCCAUCAUCAUCAUCAUCACCAUCAUCAUCAUCAUCAUCACCCUCCUCCUCCUCGUACUGCUCGAACCUGGGAGUCGUCUAAUCACCAUGAUAAUCAUGAUAAUCUCCCUGAAUGGGCAACGGAAAAUCCGACCGAAAGUGGUGGGAGUUUUGAUGCUUCAGGUGCCUUUCACGGUGGUAUAUUCUCUGAUGAUGAUGAUGACGAUGGGGGUGUUCGUAUUCGUCGUGUUUCUGAAAGUACUCUUAGUACAUCUUCCAAGACUGGAAGUAAAUCUACAUUAUUUCAUAGCAAUAACCAAACGGCUGCUCAUCGUUCAAUUACUAAUCCCAAUAAUGUAUCAAUUAAUUCAUCUUCAAGAGAGAAACUUAAAUCAUUACAUCCGUUUGAUACAGAAGAUAAGGUUGGAGAUAAAAGCUCUUUACCAUCAAUGAACAAAGUAAUGACAACAUCAACUAAUUUUUUAUUGAAAGAAACAUUACCAUCGGCUGCUACUGUUAUUAAUGAUUCAAUAUCAAUUCAUAACAAAUCCUCCAGCUUGGAAAAUUCUUCAAGUUCGUUUACUGAUUCUACUAUUGCUAAUAGUAAUAACAGUAAUAAUUCUACUACUAUAACUACGAUCGCGGCUUCCACUUCUACUUGUACAACAAAUACUACUAUGACUGUUGCUGAAUCAAUGAAAAUCCAACUUCCACAACGUUCUAAAUCAUUUGUUGAAUUAUCAACUAAAAAAAGUAUAUUUACGAGUGUCAGUCAACAAGAUUCUACUAUUCAGCCUGUACAACAAAAUCUUGAGAGAGUUAGCAAUCAGCAGAAUAAUAUUAAUAAAAUUUCUCUUAAUAAUGCUAAUCAAAUGCACGUUCCACCAGAAAAGCCUGAAGAUGAUCUCGAAAUAAUGAAAGAGCAAGCUGUUAGUUUAGUAGCGAAAUUAAUGGCCGAUGAAGAAAAUCAUCAAGAACAAAAUUCACUUAUAUUAACGGCAACAACUACAGCAAUGACUACGACGACAACAGUAACAUCAUCAUCGUCAUCAUUAUCAUCAGCUUCAUCGUCUUCAUCAUCCUCAUCAUCAUCUUCAUCAUCAUCACCAUCAUCAGUAACAAAUCAUGUACAUCCAUUAGUUAAUACAUCGAUUCAGGAAAAAUGGUUUUAUCGAGACCCUCAAGGAGAGGUUCAAGGACCAUUUUUAGCGAGUGAAAUGGCGGAAUGGUGUAAAGCUGGAUACUUUACGCCAAGUUUAUUAGUUAGAAGAACUUGUGAUGAGAGGUAUGCAACCCUCGGAGAUUUAAUGAAAUUAUGUGGUAGAGUACCAUUUGUUCCGGGUCCACCAAUACCUCCAUUAAAAUCGACAGAACCAGUGGUCAUACCACCGAUAACAAAUACUGUAGCCACAGGAAUAUCUGGUAGUGCCUUACCUAAACCAGGAAUAGAGGAUCCUCUUCUCUUGUUACAGUAUCACCAUCAACUACACAUGAUGCAUAAUCGUCAAUUAUUGUUUCGGCAGUUAAAAACUUCUGCUAUAGCUAAACUCUCUCAAACUGAACAUUGGGCAAAUUUAAGUCCUGUUGAGCAAAAUCAAUUAAUAAUGCAAUGUAUAUUGCAAGAUUCUGAGACAAGAGAUUUACCUAUAGUAACGAAUCCUUUUGUACCAACACCUUUAGCACCACCACCAGCAAAUCCUGUUAUGCAACUUUUCAAUCAAAUACAACAGGCUAAGCUACCAAAUGAUAAUCAUCUAAGCUCUCAUUCAUCAAUACCAACAGUACAUCCUGGACCAGCUUUAGAUCCUAUCCAACAGCUUAUUCAACAAAUGGGUGGGAUACAAAAUAUUCCAGUAACACCAACCAUUAAUUCUCCUCCGCCUCCACUUCCUCUUUUAACUCAACCGACUCCAGAAGAAGAUCCAAUUAAAUCAUUACUUCGUCAGCUACAUGUUAGUGCUAAUGGGCACAAUCCACAACCACAUCAGGUGGAUUCAAUUUGGCCACAACAGCAGCCACCUCCUCCACCACCACCCCAAAUGAAUCCAUCACAAUUCAAUGCCCAAAGUUGGUUGACACAGGUUGGACAAAUUCCACCUGGUCAAAUGACCAAUCCAUUAUGGAAUUUACAUACAAAAGAAAUAAAGACUGAGCAACAAAUAUUAGAAGAACAAAAUAUUAGAAUACAAGAAAAUAGAAAAAAAGAAUUAAGAAAGCAAGAAGAACAGAAAAAACAAGUUGAAGAUGAAAAUGCAAGCCGGAAAUUAGAAGAAGAUCAAGCGAAACGAAAUGAGGCUCAGCGUAAAGAAGAAGAACGAAAACGAAAGGAAGAAGAGAAAAAGAUUAAAAAUGAAGAAAAACGUAAACAGCAGCAACAAGAAGAAGAUCAUCAAAAGAAAAAGGAAGAGAAAAAGCGAAAAGAAGAAGAGAAAAAACGUGACGAAAAACGAAAGCAAGAUGAAGAAAUUAAUAGAAAGAAACAAGAAGAAGAAAAGAAAAAACGUGAACAGCUUAAAAAGCAGGAAGAAAAAUUAAGGAAGGAAGAAGAGAAGCGAAAAAAGCAAGCAGAAGAACAGAAACGUAUUGAAGAUGAAAGAUUGAAAAAAGAGGAAGAAAUGCGCAAGAAGGCUGAAGCCGAAGAACAAGCAAAACGUGCUGCUGCAGUUGCUGAGCAAAGACGUCGAGAAGCAGAAGCCCUAAAGAAAUUGCAGGAACGUAGUAGAGCGCCAUGGGCUCAAACUCCUUAUGUAUCAUUACCCACAACUCAUGCUUCUUUAGCAGAAAUUCAAAGAUUAGAACGAGAAAAGAAAGCUGAAGAAUUACGUUUACAACAAAUUAUGCAACAACAAAUAGCUCAACAAAAAACAGCAGAAAUAUCAAAGGAUACAGUAAUUACCUCUGAUUCUUCAUCAAAACGUCAACCAUUUAAAUGGGCUGAAAAAGCUGCUCCUUCAAAUAAUCAACCUCAAGUAAAAAGCUUGGCUCAAAUUCAACAAGAAGAGCAAGAGAAAAUAGCUAAAGUUAAACAACAAGAAAAAGAGCGUUAUGAAAAAGCAGCUGUAAAUCAGAAAGAUACAUCAACUGUAAUUCAAAAUGCUGGAAUUUGGGGAAGUGCAUCUCAAUCUCUUAAUUGGGCUAAUACUGUCAAUUCGUCGACAUGUGAUAAUACUAAGAUUAGCAACAAAGCUUGGUCUAGUGGUGGAGGAUUAUGGGAUGAUCCUGUUACUUCUUCUAUUAAACAACAACCAUUAAUUUCAACUAAACUGCAAGUAAAACCAGUAGCAACAACAAAACCAGUGGCUGUUCAACAACCACAACCAAAUAACAACAAUACUACUAAUAACAAUAAUACUAAUAAUAGUAUGAAUAAUAAAGUAGCAAAAAAUAAAGUCAAAAAAGAAGAAGAACUGGUAAAAAAAUUAUUUGAGAAUAACACUGCCAAAGUCGAUGAAUUUACACAAUGGUGUAAUCGUACUUUAAAUGGACUUCAAGUAUCUGUUGAUAUUCCGACAUUCGUUGGCUUUUUGAGAGAUAUUGAAUCAGCGUAUGAAGUUAAAGAAUAUGUGAGAAUGUAUCUUGGAGAUAGUAAACAAUGUACAGAGUUUGCUAAGCAAUUUUUAGAAAAACGUAGUAAAUGGCGAUCAGCUCAACGUCCACAAGUAGAAGCUGAUGAUCUUUGCAAACCAGCACCUGCUGUUAAUCCAAAUAAUACCACAGAAUUUCAAGAAGUUAAGGGUAAAUCAAAGAAGCCAAAAAAAGGGAAAAUGUUCAAAGUUGACAAUAGGAUUCUUGGAUUCAGUGUUACUGCGGCUACUGAUCGUAUUAAUGUUGGCGAUCGUGAUUAUGGAGAAGGAGUUUAAACAUUAUGCUCUAUAGUUGAAUAAAACAUAUAAAAAGAAAGAGAAAGAGACAGUGACAGCUUUAACGUAUUGGUUCGUUAUUUAUGUUUUUUCAAUCAUUAAGUGAAUUCCAUUGAGAAAAAUAAAAACAAUGGUUGUGCGUGUUUAUGAGAUUUCUUUUUGUGAAUAAAACGUGUGUUUUCAGAAAUAUGUACGUACGUGAACGAGGAUUCCAUGUUUAUAAUGAAAAAAAUAUUUAAAUAAAAAUCAUGUAAAUAUUAUUUAAAUGGAAAUAUCUAACUAACUAUACAUCAUUUUUACAAAUGAAGAUACCAUUAUCACAAUCAUUAUUAUUAUUAUACUGUUAAAUAUUAUUAAUUAAAACUUCACACUUAAUAUUAAAUUGAUUCAGCUUAUGGAAUGCAAUUAAUAUAAGUAGUACAUGAAAUAAUUAUAUUAAUAUCAAUCAAUUUUAAAUCUUGUAAAGACCAUCGAAUGCUCUUGAUCUCUACUUAAGAUCGUUGUUUUUUUUUAUUCUCUGAUGUUAUGAUCUGUGACGUUGAUACAACAUAGGAACAAAUUCUGAAAUUAAUUGUUCGAAUUAUCAAUUAUAUGAUUACUUAUUAUUCUCAAUUAGAGAUAAUAUGAAUUUUCUAAAAUACAUGGUUUGUUCAAGUACCCACACAUGUUCUGCCAGAUUCUUUUAGGUAAUCAAUCAUUCACGUGAAUCGCAGAAGAAAUUUUUCAAAUAUAUUUUUGAUGUAAAAAAAAAAAUUAAAGAAAAACUUUUAAUACCACAA